UCUCUUUCCUUCCCAUUAGUUUAAACCAAAAACACCGAUCUGGUCAUUGGGUUUUCUUACUUUUUUCAUUUUUUUAUUGGAACUUGUCGUUUAGUUUGAGGUGAUCAGUUGAAGAUGGCGGGGGGUUUAUCUGUGGUGGGUUCUUCGGUUAUGGAGUCUCACAGCAGUCCAUGUUUGUGCUUGGAUGCACUCCCAUCCACCACCAACAUCAACCUCAAAAGAAAGCAUGCGGCUGCAAGGCCUGCUUCUUUGGAAUUAGGCAGCUCGUUUUUGGAUUCAUGGCCUCAUCGGAGGCUGUCCUCCAAGACGAUUCUGAGCAAGAGUUCCUGGAAGCAGCAGCGCAAGGACCGUAGGCUUGUUGUUGUCAGUGAUUUGGGAGGGCAGUAUGAAGAUACUUUUGGUGAUGUUAGAACGCAAUUACUCAAUUACUUCACAUACAAGGCAGUGAGGACUGUUCUUACUCAGCUCUAUGAAAUGAAUCCUCCAAAAUAUACAUGGUUUUAUCAGUAUGUUGCAUCAAAUGAGCCCAGAGAUGGCAAGCUCUUCUUACGGAUGCUCGGCAAGGAGAAUCAAGAGCUUGCAGAAAGAGUGAUGAUAACACGGCUUCAUCUGUAUGGGAAAUGGAUCAAGAAAUGUGAUCAUGCUCAAAUAUACAACGAGAUUUCGGAAGAGAACUUGGAGCUGAUGCGCGAGCGGCUAAUGGAAACUGUAGUUUGGCCCUCCGAUGAUAUCAACCCGGAGAAGAAUAUUGGCUGAGGGAUGCAUUUGUAGUUGUUUUAGAAUUUUCUUUUUCUUUUAAUUUAGCCUUUGGUAUCCAUCCUUUCUGUAGAAUCACCAUGUUUGGUCCCAAACUAUGUUUUUACGUGUAGAUUGAACUCUUAUGAAUUGUAUAUAAAUUAUGAAUAUUACCCG